AGUGAGGGAGUUGCAUCCACCGGGAAAGACUGCCCAAACAACGGCGACACCCACUGCAUGGCAGGGACCUGCAACAUCGGUUUUUAUGUGGAUGGUAGCAGCGACUGCGUCGAGAAAGAGUGUACUUGCGAAAAUGGGGUGGGCAAGACGGGGACGCAGUGCCCGUCGCACGGAGCUCACGCUUGCGGAUCCUGCACAAACAACUUCAAGCUCAUGAACAGCAAAUGCAGCACAUGCCUUCCCGGAUUCAAUAACGCCGUGAACAGUGCCCUGUGUGCGGCAAACGUAUGCACUUGCGCCCACGGUGACGCCGCUACGGGCUCUGGGUGCGUUGCAGACGGCGCUGAAAUCUGUACCGCCUGUACCGAUUCAAACUGGGUUUUGGAUUUCACGAACACGUGCUUUUGCAGCGACGCCGCCGGCUUCCACGUGGAUGCCAGUAGCGGUGCCUGCGAGGUGAAAACUUGCACUUGCAGCACCGGCGGAACGGCAGCUACCGGCAAAGACUGCGUCACACAUGGCGCGGACCAGUGUCUAGCCGGCCACUGCGACAUCGGUUACUACUUUGACAGUAACGACAACCUGUGCAAAGAGAAGCAGUGUGAGUGCACGAAUGGUGUGGGCAAAACAGAAAAAGAGUGCCCGAAUCAUGGUGCUCACUAUUGCGCGUCCUGCACCGGCAAUUUCAAGUUGGCAAACAACAAGUGCGAGGCCUGCCUUUUUGGGUACCAUUUGGACGCUGGUGUGUGCGUGGAGAACCAGUGCACUUGUGACGAAGGGACCGGCGCGACCGGAACAGCAUGUGCCACCCACAAUGAGGCCCUUUGCGCGGCCUGCACAACUACCGGCUUCGAGUUGGUUUCCGGUGCCUGCGUAAAGAAUUGCGUCUGCCCCCAUGGUACUGCAGCGACUGGGGUAGACUGCCCGGGCAACGGCCA